AUGUGCAACUCCUGUUGUGGAUCCUGCUGCUCCGGCCAGGGCUGUGGCUGCUGCCAGCCCAGCUGCUGCCAGACCACCUGCUGCAGGACCACCUGCUGCCGCCCCAGCUGCUGCUGUAACCCCUGCUGUGGUGGCUCCAGCUGCUGUGGUGGCUCCAGCUGCUGUGGUGGCUCCAGUGGCUGUGGGUCCAGCUGCUGCCGCCCCUGCUGCUGCAUCUCCAGCUGCUGCCGCCCCUCCUGUGACUCCUGCUGCUGCCAAACCUGCUGCCGCCUGCGUCCAGUCUGUGGCAAUGUCUCCUGCCACACCACUUGCUACCGCCCCACCUGCGUCAUCUCCACCUGCCCCCGUCCCAUGUGCUGUGGCUGUGGCUGCUGCCAGCCCAGCUGCUGCCAGACCACCUGCUGCAGGACCACCUGCUGCCGCCCCAGCUGCUGCUGCAGCCCCUGCUGUGGUGGGUGCGGUGGCUGUGAUGGGUCCAGCUGCUGUGGUGGCUCCAGUGGCUGUGGGUCCAGCUGCUGCCGCCCCUGCUGCUGCAUCUCCAGCUGCUGCCGCCCCUCCUGUGACUCCUGCUGCUGCCAAACCUGCUGCCGCCUGCGUCCAGUCUGUGGCAAUGUCUCCUGCCACACCACUUGCUACCGCCCCACCUGCGUCAUCUCCACCUGCCCUCGUCCCAUGUGCUGUGCGGUCCCCGACUGCUGA